GGUGAUGAUUCUGUAACACCUGUGUCACGGUAUAUACGUCCUUUAUUACGCUGGGGAAAAUAACGUGACCAGCAGAUACCUACAUAAAUACCGGCCUGUGGACGAAACUUUCCAGAAAAUACCGAAAUUUAAGCGUACCAAGUACCAUACGCCGCAUGGAGGGUUGUUCGUAUCUUAAAACGAUAGUGGGAACUUCCAAUGAGAUUGCAGAAUAUCCAGGGUACGUAACGCAUGCGCAACGUGUUAACUUCCACCCCCGACACAGGGAUGAUAUAUCUCGCCGCGAGAGCCCGGGGUGUGAAAAUCAACGCGGAACGAGGGUCUGGCAGGACGAGGAGGUACGCGAGAAAUGCAAAGCAGCCCCCUUUCAACUCGGAUUGGAUUUAAAACGUGCUAAUUUGUUGAGCACGGCUCGCCCACCUAUACGAACCGGUAUGGACUACACUCAGCAGCCACCUCCCCAGUCAUCCCCUUCUGACACAACCUCAAAAACUCCCUCCAAAAGGGGUUCGUUAAGUGGGAUGUUGUGUUCUGGCUCCCGGCAACUCAACGGCGCUCUGGGUACCAGCCCCGGUGUCAUACAGAAGAUUAAUUACGUCGAGGUACCCUUUAUAUGCCAUCCGAGUCACAACCCCUUCUGGAUUGGUGUCUACUGUCACGUAGAGGACCAACGACGAGGACCAUUACCGUGGAGAGAAACGUUCUGCGAUAGAUGGGAUAAUACAAUGAGACCAAGUUACAGUGUCAAUAGGGGUUGAUUUAGAAAGAAAAAAAGUCAGGUAGCUUUUUAAGGAAUUAUAAUUAUAAUGGCUAAAAUUCAUUAAUGACUAUCGAUCGAUGGUUAAAAUUCCAAGGAAAGGGGGAUAAGUAAAACAAAAAAUGCCAAUAAAGUAGUCAAGACUGUUACAAUAUGCUGCCAAUGCGAUGCGUCAGUUGUUCCGUUGGUCUCGAAACUUUUUCAUUUCCCCAAGUAAACAUCCCUUAGCCUUUUUUCUUCGGCGAAGCCAAGAGGGUAAGGGAAAAGCAGUCGAAGAAGGAGGCUAAGAGAAAAAGGAGUAGAAUGUGUCGUUGGGUUAGGGGAUCCCGAGGUAUGGGGGUCGUAGUCAGCAUGGCGGAAUAAAAAAGUCUCGCGGGAAUGAGAUUUAGCCAGUACCUACUCUCUGUCCCGGCCACGAAAGAGCCAAGUUAGUUUUAUUUUACAAUCCAUCGGCUCCCGCGACACAGAGGGCUGCUUUCCACGGGAUGGAGGAAUACGGAACCCAUGAGGUUCAGGGGCGGUGGCCCAGGGGUGGCCCAGGGGUGGCCCAGGGGCUGGCUGUCAACUAGUGUUUUAAAAGUUUGCGACAGCCUACAAAUUGGCUCGCUCAGUUCUUUUUAAAAGCGCCACCAACCAACCACGGAGCCGUUGCCGACGACCCCCUCUCACCCUGACCACCCCAUCCGCUGAUAAAGCCACCCCCUCGUGGAUUCUUUUUGAGGAGAGCAAAGGAGUUGGUACGAAGGAGAAAGAGAGAGAGAGAAAGUGGUUGGGGAGGGGUGUAUCGGGCUAUGAAUUUUGACAAAGUUUGUACCCUCGAACGGCAGCCGUAUUAUUUUGUCUUAAUAAAAAUAAUAAUCGUAUUACUGAUAACAUAGCGCUGUCUACCCACUACCGCUAAAUACUUUAUUCUUAUAAAUCUUUUUAUUUUUA